UAUUCUUUUUACAGUAGAAUAAAUUUGUGCUCUACAAAAGUAUGGAGGAACACUUCAGAUUAAUGUAAAAUAUUUUUAAUUACAUCUGCACAUAAAAACAAACACUGUUAUAUAUAUAUAUUUCAUCUCUCUCUCUCACUAUAUAAAAUGUGAAGGCAUCCCAAAAUACACUUCUACCAAUCCCUUUCUUGUCUCCUUCAUGGAAGGAAGAAAAAGUUCACAGAUUAUAUACCAAAGAAAAGAAAGGAGCUCAAACUGAACGAAGAUUUGCCCCAGAAUGUUAAAAGAACAUCUCUAUGGCUGGUACCCAGCUGUUGAUGGGGACAGCGACAGAAAGUCCACUUACCUGACCGAGUGCCUUUACCGGAAUCCGCUGAACCAAAGACCCAACAGCUGUAAACCCUUCAACAGUGGAAUCCCAACCAUUGGUGGAAUAAUUCGCCAGAAGACUGCCCUUCAAACAGAGAUGGAAAUGACACCAAAAGAGUUCCUCAGUCGCUGCAAAAGUGCGCCUGGCUCCAGCAGGUCCAGUCCCAAACCAUUUGUUUUCCAAAGACAAUCCACAUUUCAUCGAAACCAAUGCCGGGAGUACCAGGUUCCAGACCAACCUAAACGGCCCAGUACUUGCCAUGUUGUUCCGUCAGUUCAAAACAAGGACCUUUUCUACAAGACACGAUCACCAAAAAGAAGCGAAGGUCUGGUCUUAACAAAUAAACAGGUGAACCAAUCGUGGAAGAACUCUCAUAACGAUGUUGACUGCUCUUCAGUUGGUCGUCGAAUUUCGCAAAAUGACUCACCGGAGAAUUCUCUUACAGAAGCUAUUCCUAAAGAAAGAUGUGAUGACGAAAAGAACAGGGUUUCUGUGUUGAACUACGAGGAAGGGCAAGAGAUAACAAUGACGUGUAAGAAAGUUCGAUCUUUAGCCUUGAAAGAAGCUGAGUUAUACAAUCCAGACAGCUACAGGCAAAAUCUGAGAAAAAAUGGCUGGUUGAUGCAAGUGGAAGGAAAUAUUUUUGGACUGAAGCAACUUCCAGUCCGACUCCCUUAUUGGGUGCCAGUGGAAGUAAGAAAUACCAGAAUAGAUCCUCCAGCGAUCCACGUGAAAGAUUCCCGACCAUUUUUCUACAACACCAUUCCCAGCCAACCAAAAACGGUUUCCAUCGCUGCUCACUGGAAUUCGGAGACAAUUUUCCGAAAACAUCGAGAUUAUGUGCAACGUUCUAAAUGACCAAGUGAAAUAAUAAAGAUCUUUGAUAAUAAUAAUUUUAUUCCAAACUUUAGCGCAAGUCCAGCAAAUACAGGGGGUGAGGGGGUUAGUCGACUGGUACUUUAUCUUAUCGAACCCCCACCACCGCCACCACCACCACCACGAAAGAUGAAAGGCAGGAUUUGAACUCAAAACGUCGAGCCGGAAGAAAUGUCGCUAAGCAUUCUUACAAUUAUUAUUUUCCGAUUGAUUUGCAUUUUUUUUUUCAUCUUCCGACCGAGUCUCAACCAGAGAUCGAAGAAAUGUAUAUAUCAGAUGGAAAGAAACUUGCUGAGAAUGUGAUGUGGGCGGUUAAUAUCAACACAAUUGUUUGAGUCUCAAAGAUUGUUGGUUUCCCAGGGAUCCAGGCAAAAGAAAUUUGUCAAUGCCUUUCUUGACCAUUCUCAGGUUACCCACAACAACACGGAUGGUUUUGGUUUUUAAAUGCCACAUCUCAGAUAUAUCAAUCUCGAGGUCCUUAUAUUUCCACAUCUUUUUCUUUUUGUUUUUGAAAAACUGUCGAAAUAUUACUAUUAUUAUUAUCAUCAUCAUUAUUAUUAUUAUUAUUAUUAUUAUUAUUAUAACUAAUAUUAUUGUUGUUAUUGUUAUUAGUUGUAUUUUGGGAGAACUGGCGCCUUCAAAGGGAUUGCCAGAAAGAUUACCUCGCUUGUGUUUAAUCAAAACAAGCUUUCGAACAUUUUCAGUUAUUUCUAUGUAAGUGUUAUUCUUCUUCUUUGAGACAUAAAAUGUUGGAUAACC